CAACUGUAUCGGACAGGAUGGAUGUCUCUGAUAUUCUCGCAGAGCAUGUCGCUAAGCAACAGUCGGUCACCGUCUACAAGGACGUUCCGCUUGAGGUGGACAUAGGUUUCCUGACCGCCACUGACUUGAAUCCUGUGGACGAGGAAAGCUACAAUGAGAAUAUUGAGGAAUACUUGAUGUCUACUGCUCGCGACGGUGUGCAGACCCUCGUCGCAGCCCUAUUUUCCCUUCCUACAACUUCCUCGCCUGAUGGUCCCCUCGCACAACUACCCUCGCCAACAACGCAACUUCCCCGUGCUAAAGCGCUGCCAAAGCCCAAGCCGCUCACCAAGUGGGAGCAGUUUGCUAAGGCAAAGAACAUCCAGAAGAAGAGGAAAGAGAAGAAGGUGUGGGACGAAGAGAAGCAGGAAUGGGUGGACCGCUGGGGUUGGAAGGGUGCGAACAAAAAAAAGGAAGUUCAGUGGCUCACAGAGGUGCCUGCGAACGCUGAUGCCGACUACGACCCUUCAAAGGCAGCGCGGGACGCAAGAAAAGCUAGGAUCACCAAGAACGAGCGUCAGCACCAGCAAAACCUUGCUCACGCUCAGAGCGCGAGCGCUGGCUCAAGCAUACCUGCUACGGCCGAUCGGAAAGUGAAAAUUUCAAGGACGCUGGCCAUGACGCGAACAAGUACUGCAAGUAUGGGUAAAUUUGACCGUACGCUCGAAGGUGAGAAGAAGCUGAAGGGUGUCAAGCGGAAGUUCGAGCCAACCGAAGUGUCUGCAUCCCAAGAGAAGUCACAUAACUUGGCUAUUCUGCAAAAGUUGGAACGAGAACCAGCAGCCAAGAAGAUGAAGAAAUUAGAUGGUGGCGGAGAUGACGUGCUCAAUGUCAGAAAGGCAAUCAGGACUGCAAGCAAAGGCAAAGGCAGUGCGGCUCUCGUGCGCGAGAGAGGGGGAAAGACGAACAAAACAAAGAAGGGUAGAAGAUGAUUCACCAUUCUAGUCCGUCUGCGUACUAUCUUGUGACUUCUGUACUGCUUUGCUUUGGGAUGAAUAACAUCGUAUAGAUGGCAUAGUGUAUGUGCUACAGCACAGCAUAAUAACUGCUGGUGUAACAUAUGAGAAGGUCAUCCAUUCACCUGAACUCUCGAGCAUCGUCUCCACCUCACUUGUUCGAAUUGUCCAUGGGCAACCUGCCAAGGUCCGCCUUGCCUUCCUUUAUCCACUCUUCCUUCACCAAUCUCUCUUUUUCCGCGUAAUACAGCCUAUACACCAAUUUAAUGGUGCCUUCACUGACGCCGGCUACCUGGCUAAUGUCCCGUGCACUCUUG